AUGGACACCCGAUCUAGGAAAUCCACCAGUUUGCAAACCUACAGUGAUAGCGAGUCGGAUGUUGACGAGGAGCGCAAUGUUAAGCUGACCAAAAUGCUUCUUAGCCACCGACCUGGCCUCUAUCGUCCGGCUCCACCCACCAAAAAGGCUUCCGGUGUCAAAGCCUUCUUUUCCAAUCUGCUUUUAAAACUUGUACCUGAAGCUUUGACCAAAAUCAGCUUUUCGACCACCUUCAUCUACGUUCUUCUGUCACUCAUCGCGACCGCAUUCUUCGUCUACAUCCUAUCUACCUACAUGUGGCCCAUCUCCAUUGCCUGUGUGGCCAUUACGAUCACUUCUGCUAUCUACGUCUACUACCGACGAACCAAAAGAGCCGCUUCAGAAGAGCAGUGCCUCGUCUUUGAACUGGUCGACAAGUCCCUCGAACUGCUGCAGUCACCAGACGAACCACGCUCAAUGCCAGUGCUGCACAUUCGGGACACUCUUCUCUCUCCGGCUGAGAGAAACAGCGCAAAGUAUCGUAGAGUCUGGAACAAGGUGGUGAAUCACGUCGAAAGCUCUGAUUCCCGCGUCAAAGUGGAGUUUAUCAAGAUUGAUGGCGAGGAUUUCAAGUCGUGGAAGUGGAUUGCCAGCAAUCCAGUGGCCAACUACUUGAUGAGCGACAAUGAAGCGGACUCGGACGGCGCAGAGAGCGAAAAGAUUGGCGGCGUAGAAUGGCAAGGACAAGCUUUUGGCAGUCCAAUUGGCUCUACUGGCCAGAACUCACCGGCGCGCACUCAGGGAAUUAUUAAUGCGGCAAAUGAGAGUAUUGCAGUUGCUUCUCCUGGAUCAAAGAAAGAGUUUGAAGCGCCGACACGCUUUCUAAAGAUUCGCAACAUCUUCGAGAAAGAGGGCCACUUUUUAGAUCCUAGCUGGGCCAAUAAAAUUAAAAACACCAUUCUGGAAAAGACGGCCAUUUAUGUUGAGAAGAACGGCCUCUCCGACUCACACGACAUUCUACACAUUGAAAUUGAAGACAACCCUAACGAAGGACUUGUUUACCUGAAGUGCGCCUCGAUUCCGGCCGCAACCAACGCGUUUCACGCUCUUCACGGCUGGUGGUGCGAGAAAAAGCUGGUCAGCGUCAAGUUCCUUCGCGAAGAUCGAUACUACCAGCGCUUUCCCCAGGCAAAGAAAGCCAACACACCACUAAACAAAACACUGUAA